UCGCGCUCGGAAAGUUUCAAAUGACCUCGAAGCUUCGCGCGAAAUAUAUUUCAAAAGACUCCCCCCCGGUUUCUCCGGCUCAGAUAAAGCCUCAUCCUAUCCCUCGACCUUCCUUCUGUCCCUGUUCGGAUUGUAAUUGUUACAGCCUAUCCUUAUUCUACUACAUACCGCCGUCUCCCUCUUGUACGUCCAGUGCAAAAUACACCCAGAACCAUGUCGGCGACAGAACUUCAGGACUUGUUCGCCCAUUUGGGGGAAUCAGUCCAACAACUCUUUGGCCUCCUCGGCAUGGUCCUUGAGCGCUUUACGACGAACCUCACUGCCUCCUUUUCGACCUUAACAUUGAAGCACUGGAUACGGCUCAUCAUGAUCGUCGGGACAUACCUCCUCGUGAGACCAUAUUUCGUCAAGCUUGGCGCAAAAUACCAGGAAAAGCAGUUUGAGAAGGUGCACCAAGAGGAUCCAGCAGCCGAAAUAUCCCCCAAUCAGCUAAGAGGACAGGUCGAGAUCCCAGAAGAAAGCGAUGACGACGAGGUGGCAGAUCCGAACGCGACCGCUUCUACUACAUCGGCGGAUUGGGGAAAGAAGGCUCGCAAGAGGCAAAGGGUCAUGCUCAAGAAGCUUAUUGAUGCCGAGGAAAAGAGACUACAGGAGCUCCAGGAGGACGAGGAGGACAAAGACAUUGAGCAGUACUUGACCUAGGCGUGUGAUUGGUCAUCUAAUUGGAUGCUCACGGCAGUCCUUAUGAUUUGCCCUACUACGUAGGAAGCCGCCAUUGUUUGAAAUUGCCGACGCCCUCGCAAGAAAAAGUUGUGAACACUCAACGCCAAGUCGAUUUCGCCGCCGCCAUCAUGCAUAGGAAAUGCAGCCUAAGAGAGGAAACCAUGGUGCAUAAUGAGUGGUGGUAACCUGUCUAAAGUAUU